AUUCACUAAUCAAUUGCUCAUUUAAUUGCCCUUAAAUUACUAAUUAAUUAAAACCGCUGUUUAAUUGUAUUAUACAUGUUAUUAGCGAAUUGAAAUCAGCAAGUUCAUAGUUGUUGUGUUGGCUUUUAUAACACCAUAUAUACAUGUUUGAUAUUUACAUCUAUAUUAUUAAUAGUAAUAUUAACUAUAUUUAAUUAAUUACAACAAGCAAACGAGCUUGAUCAUAAUCAUCACGUUUAAUAUUAUCACUAUUUAACUAUUGUUUAUAAUUAACGCCCAGUUUUGCUGUCCAUUUGAUUGACUACUGUAUUGAACAAAACGAGACCAAUUGGUUAACCUUGUUGAUUGUGAUUGAGUGUGCAUGGUUAGUUUAUAUUUGUGAUAAUUAAUUAGUUGUGGUGUUUUUUGUGUGCGUUUUUUAUACUAUAAAUUUGUGGUCAAUUUAUCUGAGAUAUAAUGUUAACUCUUCACGAGGGAACCGAUGACCCGACACAACAGACAACUGCCAAACAGUCAACACAUCCAGACAUGAACAACAAGAGCCGGUCCGAUACCAUCGAUUUGGCCGCAGACACGGCCCUCGCCGUCGAUAUAUCGGACGCGUUGAGCGAAAGAGAUCGCGUGAAGUUCACUAUACACACGAAGACAACGCUUCCAGAGUUCAAGUCUCCAGACUUUUCGGUUGUCCGACAGCACGAGGAGUUCAUUUGGCUCCACACCUCACUCGUCGACAAUGAACUGUACGGCGGUUUCAUCAUACCGCCGGCGCCUCCGCGGCCAGACUUCGACGCCUCGCGCGAGAAGUUGCAAAAGUUGGGCGAAGGCGAGGGAACGAUGACUAAAGAGGAGUUCCAGAAGAUGAAGCAGGAGUUGGAGGCCGAGUAUUUGGCCACUUUCAAGAAGACAGUGGCGAUGCACGAGGUGUUCCUCCAGCGACUGGCUAUUCAUCCCAAGUUCAAGAACGACGCGAACUUUCGCAUAUUCCUGGAGUACGACAGCGAUUUGAGCGUUCGGGGGAAGAAUAAGAAGGAACGGUUGGCCGGUCUGUUCAGUAACAUAAGGCUGUCGGCCGACGAUAUGCUACUCUCGUCUACGAUGAAAGACGUGGACGAGUUCUUCGAGAGGGAGCGCCUCUUUCUCACCGAAUACUUCUCGCAUAUACGCGACGCCACCACUAAAGCCGACCGAAUGACUCGUUCACACAAAAACGUGUCGGACACGUAUAUCAAGAUGUCGUCCUCUUUGGUCCAAUUGGCGACCUUCGAUCAAACGGAUUUGGAGUCUUUCUAUACCAAAGUUGCCGACUGUCUGGAGAAGGCCCGCAAGACCGAGGGUCGGGUGGCCUCCGACGAGGACCUAAAGUUGUCUGAUUUGCUUCGUUACUAUAUGCGCGACACAGCGGCCGCCAAAACAUACUUUGACUGA